CAUCUCCCGGCGCCACGCGCGCAGGGCGGUGCCACAGGAAGCGCGGCGCGGGUCUUUCCGGCCGUGCGCGCGCCCCGAGCGGAGGCGCGCCCCGAGCCUGCACCGACGAGACAAGAUGGCCGGGCUGCCCCGCAGGAUCAUCAAGGAAACCCAGCGCUUGCUGGCAGAGCCAGUCCCUGGGAUAAAAGCAGAGCCAGAUGAAAGCAACGCACGCUAUUUUCAUGUGGUCAUUGCAGGUCCACAGGAUUCCCCCUUUGAGGGUGGGACAUUUAAACUUGAACUAUUCCUUCCAGAAGAAUAUCCAAUGGCAGCUCCUAAAGUACGUUUCAUGACCAAAAUUUACCAUCCUAAUGUAGACAAGCUGGGAAGAAUAUGUUUAGAUAUUUUGAAAGAUAAAUGGUCCCCAGCUUUGCAGAUUCGUACAGUUCUGCUAUCAAUCCAGGCUUUGUUAAGUGCUCCCAAUCCAGAUGAUCCACUAGCAAAUGAUGUAGCUGAGCAAUGGAAGACCAAUGAAGCCCAAGCCAUAGAAACAGCCAGAGCAUGGACUAGGCUAUAUGCCAUGAAUAAUAUUUAAAUGCGCUUUGAACAUCAAGUGUGCAUCACUUCUCCUGUUCUGCCAAGACCUCUUCCUUUUUUGUUUGCAUUUAAUGGACACAGUCUUAGAAACAUUACAGAAUAAAAGCCCAGACAUCUUCAGUCCUUUGGUGAUUAAAUGCACAUUAGCAAAUCUGUGUCUUGUCCUAAUUCACUAUUGUACCGCAUGAGCAGAGGCUAGAAGUAUCAUCUGGAUUGUUGUGAAAUUGUUUGAAAGCAGCAGCACAUCUCUGCUUUUAAUCAUUUUUCCCGUCAUGGUUUAAGUAUAAGCACUGUGAAUGAAGGUAGGCAGGGUUAGCUGCGGGGCUUUUUGUUUUAAUUUUGUGGGCUCCUCCUCCCUUUUUAUGGUGAUGCUAAUUGCAUUGGUAAAAGCAGCUAACCAGUUAUAUUUUAGAAUAUACCCUCUAGCCCAGUCUAACUUAGACGCUGUAGAUGGACAAGCUUCAUUGUUUGAACAAAAAACGGGAACAUUAAACAUCCAUCCCCUUCACUAAUACUAUAGUGAUUCUGCUGUCAAGUGUAGAAAAAUCCCUCCAAGAAAAAGCUUGUGACCAUUUUGUAUGGCUUGUCUGGAAAAUCUCCUGUAAAUCUUAUGUUUUAGUAAAAUAUUUUUUGUUAUUCUACUUUGCCUUUGUAUAGUUUCUUUUGCUGUGUUUUCAUUUCUCUGUGACAAUCGUAUUUUAAAAAAUUGAGUCCAGAAUUGACAAUUUUUCUUUAUGAGUCUGACAGAUUUAACAGUAAACAGGGGGAAUUCACAAGUUUGUUUUUUGUGGGUUUUUAUUUGUUUUUCUUCAUCUGGUUCCUGACUUUUUUUAUUAGUUUGUGUUACGUGGGUGACCUUACCUGGCCAAUUAAUAUGAAAUUGCAUUUGGAGUGACUUUUAGAAACAAGUCUCUGAUGGAACAGUUGUAACCUUAAUUUUAGUAAUGCGUCGAUGUGUGUUUCAUGGACAUAACCAGAAUGAAGUAGGAGGUUGAGAGCAAACGACAGCACUAAUUAUGAGUAUCUGCAUAGCAGCAUGGUUUUCUAACUUCUUUAAUUCCUGCCCUCUGGUAACUUGAAAUUCCAGUGUGUAGAACCAUUGUUAGAGCCAGCUUAUGUAUUGACUGAUGUCUGCUUAGCCACUUACAGCUAGCAACUCAUACCACUGGUUUUUCUCUACAAGCCUUAUUAAGCUACUUGCUUGAGCAACUGGUCAGCUUAAAUAGCAACAAAGCUUCUUUAUUGGAGGGAAGGAAAGUGAUGAAAAAAUUCCUUCUUGUCCUUGUUUUUUGUGUAUGCAUUCUGUCUAGGAGUCCAGUAUCUUUUCUGGGAACCCAUCUAAUUGCUUCCCUUCAUUUCUUGUACCUCUGUUCUCUUCCUUUCCCCAAGCCCUCUCCCUCACAAAACCAACCAACCAACCAAACAAAAAGCUUAAAAGCUUUUGGCAAGGCCAACCUGAAAUGCAUAAAUGACAGCUAGUAGUGGUUGUAGUAGGGAGUGUUUUGUCAUGCAAUUCAGGGGCAUGGUUAUGUAGUCUGUUGGUAUUCUUCCUCUUUCACCUCUUCUUCCUCUAGUAUCAUCUGAAAUUUCUAUAGAAUGUGGUGUAUUUAUUGUGCUCUUAUGUAAGAUGAAGAAUAUCUAUUAAAACUAUGUUUUCCAACAGACAGUGCUUUCAGUGGUUAGUAACUGGUAUUGUCCCUCAAAGUUCUCUCCAACGUGGUUGAAGAAUGGUUCAGAAUUCAACUUUUUCACUAAACUGAGUCAUUAAAAAACUGUUUUAAAAGUACUUUCUGUGUUGAAUGUAAGGCAAAGUUGGUCCAGGGCUUGUAACACGUUCUUUAGAGUGGGUAAGCACCAUUAACCCUCUCUUCUUACAAAUGUCUGUUUGGGGUUGGCUGGGCUGUGCCCUGGAUCUGCUACUAGCAUAGAUAACUUCUGUAGCAGGCAGCUGAGAAUAAGUGAGCUGUGCUGUAGGCUCUGGAUUCACUUCACCUACCUCUUAAUGCUUUAUCU